AGAUGUCUGUUGUCAGCUCAGGAUAUGAUUCAUGGACCAGGAGAAGGGGGAGACAAUCCAAUGAAAAUCAGUUACGUUCUAAAUCUAGAUCAGCCACACGUUCUCAUAUCAACCAUCCAAUUUACUCCGUGUUCAGAAAUCCUCAAGGUUAUACAGAAUUAAACCUGAGCAAGCAGCUUUUAACAGUUGUACCACAGGAGGUAUCUCAGUUCACAAGACUUGAGGUACUCAAUCUAUCCCACAAUGCAUUAGAUGACUUGCCAAGCUCCCUUGCACGGAUUCGAACACUGAAGUUUCUUCUGGUAGCAAAUAACCUGUUAACACAUCUGCCUGAGACCAUCACAAAUCUGACACAUCUGAUAAUGUUGGAUUUAACACAUAACAAAUUAACAAGUCUUCCACAAAAUUUGGGGUCCUUACGUGUCUUACAGACACUCAAACUAGGUCAAAAUCAAUUUGAAACUUUACCACAUGACAUUGGUCACAUGACCAUAUUAAAAGAUCUUGAUCUCCAUAGCAAUAAUCUGUGUUAUCUUCCUUUUACAAUUCAAGUAUUACGAAAGCUCAAAUAUUUAAAUUUGGCAAAUAAUCGGUUUGAUCAGGUGCCGAUUCCAGUCUGUAAACUACAUUCGCUCAAAGUUCUCAAUUUCCGUGGAAACAAUUUACAAAGCCUUGCACCUGAUUUUGAAGCUCUUACAAAUCUCAGGGAACUCAAUUUAUCCUACAAUCAUUUUGAAAGUAUUCCAACAGCUAUUUAUAGUCUGAGUGAACUGAGAUAUCUGAAUUUAGCAGGGAACCAGUUAAAACAUGUGUCACAUCACCUGACCUGUUUACAAGGACUCCAGGUUUUACAUAUUCAGGGGAAUCACAUCACAUCUUUCCCAGACGGGUUUGUGCAGAUGCAAUAUCUAAAUAUAGCAUCCAAUCAACUUACAACAUUGGCUGUUGUCAACAGUCGAAGACUGAAAUACUUAAAUCUGAAAAAGAACAAUCUAGAAAGUAUGCCACUGGGAGUUUACAACAUUGCUAGACUAGAAACAUUGAAUCUGAAUAAUAACAAAAUCACCAGUGUUUCUAAGGACAUUGUACAACUAAAGAAGCUGAAAUAUUUAGAUCUAGGUGACAAUGUUCUCUCCUGUUUUCCAACUAUCAUUGACAAGAUGAAAAAGCUGGACUACUUCAAUCUAAUUGGCAAUAAUAUAAGCCAUCAAGUCAAACUAAAUAACAAAGAUAAUCCUGAACAUACUCAUUUCCGUAAAUCAAAAAGUGCUAACAAGCAAAAAUUCUCAAGUUCAAGAUUACAAACAAUUAAACAGUUAUCUAUGAUUGGUUCAACACCAAAACAUUCUCAGAAAUCAACGUUUUCUGAAUCACAUGACCUAGAUGAACUGUUGCAGAAUGGAUUCUCGAGGAAAUUACUGGAUAACAAUUACGGAUCAGUUAUAAUUAGACGACAAUCUGACGACUUUUCUGAUGACUGUUCUUCCUUGACCUUACAGAACCAUUUUAUCCGAGGUAAUAAAAGUGAUGCUGGACACAGUAUUGUUACCUCCAAAACAGAAGAUGACCUGUUUGGAAUAUUAAACCAGUUAGAGACCUUCCUAAAUCAAGAUUUCAGAGACCCGUCUAAUAUCUCUCUAUCAGGCAGGACAGUAACUAGCAGUAUCUGGGACCUUAAUGAGAACAGAACCAGUCAAAGUGUAAUGGGUAUUGUUCUCUCCCGAACUGAGAGUUUCUCUGUCACUGAGGCUGGUGGCAACUUCAUAUCAGCUGUUGAACCUAACAUGUCUGUAUCCAUACCUCCAAGGUCAAUUAGUGGAACAUUACAUGCUAGUCUAAAGAUAAUCAAGGUCGAGAGGGAAAUGUUGAGUAACCUUCGUGAAGACAAUACAAUCAUUGCUAACCUCUUGUCUGUUGGACCUAUUGUAUUCUUAAAGGCUAAUAAAGAUACUGACUUCAACCAUCUCGUAACCAUGACAAUACCUACACCAAAACAAACAUCGCAUGGACAUUUAAUUUUACUGACAAUCAGGGAAGACAACUCCUGCAUACCAACAUCAAGUGGUCACAGACAGAAACAUGGAUAUAUCACACUGAAUGCUUGGCAACUAACAGGAAAAGUUGCUGUGAUAACCCAGGCAAAAUGUAAAUACAAAGCUUGCAAGUCUAUGGAGAUGUUACUGAAUGUCAUAGAAGAAUCUGUAUAGUCAAUUGUGAUUUAACUGAAUUUGACCAACAAAUCUGUAUAGUCAAUUGUGAUUUAACUGAAUUUGACCAACGAAUCUGUAUAGUCAAUUGUGAUUUAACUAAAUUAAGUGAAGAAUCAGUAUAGUCAAUUGCAAUUUAAUUGAAUUUAACUGCCGAAUUUGUAUAGUAAAUUGUGAUUUAACUGAAACUAACUGCAGAAUCUGUAUAGACAAUAGUGAUUUAACUGAAUUUAACAGAGAAUUCUAUAUAGUCAAAUAUGAUUAAACUGACUUUAUUAGAAGAAUCAGUAUAGUCAAUUGCAAUUUAACUGAAUUUAACAGAAGAAUCUGUAUAGUCAAUUGUGAUUUAACUAAAUUCAACAGAUGAAUCUGUAUAGCCAAUUGUGAUUGAAAUGAAUUUAACAGAAGAAUCUAUAUAGUCAAUUGUGAUUUCUUAAAUUUUAUAGAUGAAUCUGCAUAGCCAAUUGUGAUUGAACUGAAUUUAACAGAAAAUUUUGUAUAGUCAAAUGCGAUUUAACUGUCGGAAUUUGAAAGAAGAAUCUGUAUAAUCAAUUAUGAUUUAACUGAAUUAACAAGUCAAACACCUCUUGAUAUGAAAAAGUGACACAUUUGUUGACCAUUUAACUACAAUCAGGUUCUAAAACAUGUGCAAUUUAAUGAACCAUUACUUUAA